AUGCUCGCUCGUGUCUCUGCAGCACGUAAUGUUCUACAACAAUACAGGAAGAUUCCAUCUUCAAGCCCAAGGGAGCUUACGCCACCCAUGGUUCGCUCCAUUGAAGAGGCUGACAAGCUAGCGAAAAGGGGCAAGAAAACUGAAACUCAAAAGGAGGCACUGGCUCAACUGAAGAAACAAAAGAAGCCUGGUAGGAAGCUCAUACUCCAAUCUUCCAGUGAUUCAGACUCAGAGUAUGUUUCUCCCAAACAUAGGUCUACUCCUUUUUCAGAAUCUGAGAGCGAAAGCUCUGAUGAUGAGGCUUCGGGUCGAGGUGAUACUCUGCCUCGCUCCCCUACCCCAGAAAUUCCAGUUCGCUCCCACCCUCCUUCACCUCCACCUGUAACCAUCCCAAUAUCCAUCCCUCAAAUAUUUCCUAUUCCAACCACUAAACCAUCCACUACCAUUCCCAUCCCUACUCCUAUAUUCACAGACACUACUACCACCACUACAACCACAGGAGCUCAUUCUACCGCUCCCACUCCACCCGUUACAACCACUCCACCUGUAACAACCAAACCACCCGUAACAACCGAACCUCCAGCCACUACCAAACCCUUAUCUCCUACUCCAUCCACAGAAACCACCCCUGUUCUAGGCAGUGAGGACUUGGAAUUUGAUUCCACGUAUUUUAGUCCUUACCGUGUACAGAGUGACGACGAUGAUGAUGAGUCUGUUACAAAGCGUCAUCUCAAAGCAAUAAAUGAAAAGUUGAUCAACUACUCUCAUCCUCUUCCUCUGAAGCUUACUCCGAAGCUGAUUUAA